AUGACAUUUAAACAAUCCCAACGAUACAUUGAUCGUCUUCAGGAAUUCGCUCGGAGUUACAACAAGACAUACCACGGCACUAUUGACACCGAACCUGAACCCGUUAGACCAAACAACGAAGAAGAAGUGCGCGUGUCAACAUUCCAGUCUCAAGAAGAGAUCCCACUCAAGCAAUCAAAGUGGCCCUACAAGUUCAAAGUGGGUGAUAAAGUGCGCAUUUCAAACAUAUCAUCCAUUUUUGACAGUGAAUACGAUCAAAAGUGGUCUGGUGACAUUUUCAUCGUGUUUCGACGUUUCCCGAGGAACGGCAUUCCAGUAUACAAAUUCAAGGACUACAAUGACGAAGCCAUUACGGGGACAUUCUAUCAACCGGAACUCCAAAAAGUAGACGUUAGAGACGAGGAUACGUUUAAGAUUGAAUGGAUCCUCAAGACUCGUGGAAGAGGACCAAACAAGCAAUAUUUUGUUAAAUGGCUGCAUUGGCCAAAGAAGUUUAAUUCUUAG